AUGUCAAAUGACAGUAGUGGGAUUGGUGGGACAGGAACAACAUUGAACCAAGCAUUAAGUGCUGUUAGUGCGUUCGCAGCCUUUCUUCCUUGGUUCGAUGCAGUAAAUAAAGUAAUUGACGAAAUUUAUGGUAUUUAUGAUGCAGCAGAAUAUAAUAAAAAAACAUGUCGUGUCCUAGUGGAUCGUGUGGAUAAUGUUGCUACAGCUGUUAGAAAAUUAAAUCGUAGAAAAGACGAAGAAGAAGAUAAAUUUCAUAGUCAAGAUUAUAUAAAAACAUUUAUAAAACUUCACAGAAUUUUAAAAAAUAUUAAAGAAUUUGUUAACAAUGUUUCGCAACUUAAAGGUCUUUCAAAAUUUUUUUAUGCCAAAGAUAUAAAAGCAAAGUGCCUUUCACUAAUGGAAGAAUUAGAAACAACAUGUAAUGAAUUACAAUUUGGUAUUAUUAUUUCGAUGGAGGAUAGAGCCCUUGAACAAAAAGGUUUAGCAGAUGAUGUAAAUAAUAUGACUGAGUUUCUUAAAACAAUCGAGGGAGGUGUCAUAGAUACGAAAAAUCAGCUUAAAGAAAAUACAGGAGUACUUGAAACCGUGAGAGACCAAAAUGAUGAAAUUAAGAUAGCACUUAACGUAAUUUUUGAGGAGGUUAUUGAAAUUAAAAAGAAAAUGUAUAAAAGAGAGAUUUCAUUAGUUGCACCGCAGAUUGAAAUGAGUAGAUUAAGAGAGGAUAAUGAACGGACAUCAUUAACAGAAAACAGAAAAAUAUUCAAACGCUUAUAUGGGGGAACAGAGGUUGCGUGCAAACGAAUCAGCAUUCCUAAUGAUGAUGAAAAAUGGAAAAUGACAAAAAAUCGAUUUGCAAUUUUAAAUAGAUUACAACAAUCGGAUAAAAUAAUUAAAUUUUAUGGAUUUGCAAAAUAUGAUAACGAUGUUAUCAACGGAUAUUCAAAAAUAAUUCGAGCAGCUUGGGCACAAGAAGCAUCUGAACGACCAAGUAUUAAUGUUUUUAAUACCGAACUUUACCAACUAAAUAAAUUAAAUAAUGAUAUAGAGGAUUUUAACAACAAUAAUGAGGAACCUGUGUCUGAAGAAACAAGCGAUGAUGAGUAUGAUGAUUUGUACGUCAAAGAGUUCCUGGCAUACUUGAAUAAAGCCGUUAUUAAUGGCAACCCUUCCGCCUUAUUUAACUAUGGUGAUUUAUUCUUGAAUGGAAAACUUGGUAUUAAAAAAGACGAAGAAAAAGGAAUACGAUAUUUAAAGAUGGCUGCUGUGAAGGGCCAACCUAAAGCAUUAGAAGAACUUAAGAAGCGCAACAUUAGCCUAUAA